GACUGAAAAAUGUUGCUGACAUCCUCUGUACAGAGAGGUAUGAUCCAGUGCAGUAGAUAUGUGCCCUGCUGACCCUCUCCAAUAUCUGUCAGGAAGCCUUGCGGGCAUUGCAUCAUUUUUUACUGGUUCCAUUUGAAUCCUUCCCUCUGAAGCGGCUGAGAUUGUUGUGAGAAAAGCGUGUUGUUGCAGGCGAAAGCGUGCCACUCCAGUGGCAGCUGGUGUGGGGAGAGAGGUUCUCCUCCUGCUGCUCGCCUGCUGCAAACUGACGUUUCACUUGCAAAGGCCAGAUGAAGGAGUCUGUGCAGCUUUGGGGCGAUGGCUUUCUGUGCUUACUGGAAGGAAGUCAUUAAACGUUGUCAUUAGGUUUAUGACUAAUGAUAGCGAGAAGCUCUUUCCCUGGAGCUUUGGUAGCAGAAAGACCGUGGCUCGGUCACAAGAGCAUUUCAGAAGCAAAUCUAGGUGCCUCUUGCGGGGUCCUUCUGGUUUGUGGAAGUUGGCAGCGUGGCAAGGAGCCUCAAGCUUCAGGCUGGCAGAGGGCUCGUUCAAAAGUACCCAAGACUCGCCUAUUGAUGAACUCCCUCCAUCAACUUGGAUUCAGUGGAGAAUAUCCUUCCUCUAGACUCUGGAUAAGAAAAACAGAGCAACAAUAGUCUUCGUUAAAAGAAUAACCAUGUCCCAAAAGGGUGAAAGUAACUUCUCGUUGCUUCACGUCACGAAGGAAGAUUGCCACGUGGAUUCCGAGUUCAGAUAUACCUUGUUCACUGUCUACUAUAGCAUCAUUUUCAUUCUGGGCUUUAUAGCCAACAGCUACGUCCUGUGGCUUUUCACACGGGUUUAUGCUACGAAGAAACUAAACGAAAUAAAGAUAUUCAUGGUCAGCUUGACGACAGCCGAUCUGCUCUUCCUGAUCACGUUGCCAAUGUGGAUCGUAUAUUACCACUACAGAGGAGACUGGAUCAUGCCCAGCUUUUUGUGCAACUUGGCAGGUUACUUAUUCUUUGUGAACACAUACUGCUCAGUUGCCUUCCUAGGGGUCAUAACAUACAAUCGGUACCAAGCAGUCACGAAGCCCAUUUCGGCAGCUCAGUCUACCACGCGAAGAAGGGGCAUCUAUGUCACAAUAGCUAUCUGGGUCCUGAUUGCAGGCCCUUCUUCAUACUUCCUGUUUGGCAGCGGCACUACCCAAGAGGGGCAUGUGACACGCUGUUUUGAGCGCUACGACCCAGAAAGCAGUAACAUCCCUGUCCUUGCCUCCCACAUCGUCAUUUGCGUUUGUUUCUUUAUCACCUUCCUGCUUGUCGUGGUAUGCAAUGCGUCCAUUAUCCGAACACUGCUCUCCCAGAAACCUCAAGCUCGGAAGAGCGCCCACAUCAGGCAAAGGGCGCUCUAUUUGGUGUGCACUGUCAUGAUUGUGUUUGUGGUAUGUUUCGUGCCUCACCACAUUGUGGACCUUCCCUGGACCUUGAUGGUUCUGGGCAAAUGGGAUAUAAGCUGUAGGAGCAAAAGGUGGUGGGAUCAUAUUCAUCAGGUGACCCUGUUCCUCCUGGGUGCCAACUGCGUUCUGGAUCCUGUCAUUUACUGCUUCCUCACCAAAAAGUUCAGGAAACACCUUUCUGAUAACUUGAAAAGCAUAAAGGACAGUCGAAAGUGUUCCAGACAAACAACUGAGACCACUGUGGAAGGGAUGGUGCCAAUGGAAGAGGGCUUCUGUGCCUCCAUCAAACCUUAAGAGUCUUCUGUUCUGCUUAUGCAGCAGCAAAUAUAGGCUGGUGACUGGCACAGACUCUCUGCAUUUCACCAAGAGCCUGGCAGAUGCACACAGCUUUCCAGCUCUUCCCUAGAUGCAACGGCAGGAACUGAAAUGCACUUAGGAGAGCUAGAACACUGUGACUCAGGAAGAACAUAGACUAUCUAAGUUGUCCUUUGUUGUUGUAACAAAAGGGAAAUGCUUGGAAUCACUUAUGAUGUCUUUUAAAAAGAUGGGCAUUACAUUCAUUUUCUGGUUCAGAUCCAGAUUGUAGUGACAUUUAGUUCCAUAAUUUCAUCCUGAAGCUAGCUCAGAACUCUCUGGAGAGGGUUGGGCAUCAGGCAUGGGCAUCCCUGGGCACCUGCUGAGAUUUGUCUCUCAUCUCAAAGUCCACUACCAACCCUUAGAGCCUCCUGGCUCUCUACUUAUUCCCCCAGAGUGAUUGAGCUAUCUCAGCUGUGAUAGGAACAAGGGAAAGGAACAUCAGUGUUGGCUCGGCUCAGCCUCCUCAUUUGAGCAGCUAUUCAGAUUGGGCCUACAGCAGUGAAAAGCUGGUCAAUAAGGGCAAAUGGGGCACAACCUCACAAAUUUGAGCCUGUUCCCACCUGCCUGCUUUCUUUUUUUACACCUGGCCAGGGGAUGGCUCUGGCUCCUACUGCUGGUUUCCCUGACUUUCACCCAGUGGGCACCAGUCACCCUGACCCAGAGAAAGAGGAUAAUUGACUGGCAAUGGUGACAGUGGCAUGUAGAAGGUGGGCCUGUCAGGGAGGAGGCUCCACUGAAGGCAUCUAACCUAAAACAUACACACUUCUCCCAAUCACUCUUGAAUUAAUACCAUUUGGGCUUCAAAAGCAACAGGGACUAUUGCAAUAGUCAGUGACCAUAGAACAGGGGUGGGGAACCUGUAGCACACCAGACUUUGCAAGAUUACAUCUUCCAUCGUCCCUGAUCACUAGUCAUGCUGACUGGUAGUUGAGUCCAGCAACAACUGGAGGGCCAUGUUCACAAUCUCUACCAUAGGCUGUCAUCCAGAAACCAUCAUAAUCUGAGAGCAGAGAUUUUGCAUAAAUUUACCUAUGGGUCUCAGGUGUGCAUUCAAUGUACACAUGGUAGAAAUUUCAGGAACUGAGGGGAAGAAAGGAAUGGGUUCAGGCAUGGACCGUAGCUCAGGGGUUGACAACAUGCUUUUGCUAUAACCAGGUUGUUGGCUGAUUAAUGUUCUAUGGCCUUCUAAAUGUUUUUGUGGGAAGGAGGGCGUUGUUGGUUGGUUUUUGUUUUAUUAUGUUAGUGUUCUCAUUUUGUAUUUUUAUGCUGUGAACUGCCCUGUGAUCUUUGGAUGAAGGAUGGUAUACAAAUUUAAUAAGUAAUAAAAAAAUAAUGCUGCUUCUCUUGCAGAAGGACCAAGGUUAAAUUCAUAGCAUCUCUAGCUGAAAAUUUCAGAUAGCAGGUGAUGGCUAAUAUUCGAACUGGAUAUAAGACUGCUUCACAUGUAUCUUAAAUAUUUCCACAUCACUGCUUUUGUGAUGUGAGGAGGGUAGAAGAAAGCCCUAGAUCAUAGAGGGCUGGUCCCUACCCAAAUAGAUUAUCCAUUUUUCUGCUUGGCAAACCAUAGCACCAAUAAAACGGCACUCAGAAGUAAAAGUGAGAAGCCAUUGUAAACACCAUGCUUAUUCACUGCAUAUACAGAAACUAUGCUAACACCAUACUAUCAUGGAAAGCCUGAAAAGUUGUAUACCUGUUGCUUGUCUGUAGUUUCAUUAAUAAAAAUGACAGCUCUAACCAUUAUAGCUAUUCAGCACUGCUACUUUCAGCCCAGUGGGCAUGUCUGUAGAUUUUUUUGGUGUAGGUUCAUAUUGAGGGUCACGCUAGUACAGAUGUCUGGAAAUGAACAGCAGAUUCUAGACUAGGGACUUUUAGCCAUAGGCUGAGACCAGAGAGGGGCAGAAAAACAUGAACAGGAUGGGAGACAAAAGACCACCAAGUAGAAUGUCUGGAAUGUUGUACAGCUACACUGCAACUUCUGGGUCCACUACUAGAGGAUGAAUCCUCACACUUCCUCCUGCUGUCAAAUCUAGGGAGAUUUGAGUGCUGAAACCCAAACCCAAGCUUCCUCAAUAGAACAGGAAGGCUGAAUGACAUUGUAGGGCAGGGAUGGGGAACUUGUGGUCCUCCAGAUGUUGUUAAGAUGUCAAUGCCAAUUGAUCCCAGCCAGUAAGGCUAAUGGUCUGAGAUUAUAGGAAGCCAAAAUUUGGAGGGCCAUAGGUUGUUGACCUCUGUUCUAGGGAACUCUAUGGUCAGGAGACCUGGUUAAUUCAAUCCCUUAAAGGAGACACCCUCUGUGAAUAUAAAAUUGUCCAAUGAUGUUGGGGUGGGGCUCACCAACAUAUGACGAAAGGAGACAAAGUGGAGAGCCAAAUACAUACCCUCUAACAUUUCACAGAUGGAAAUACAGACAUGAUUGCCAUACUCAUAGUGCUACAUAAAGGUUACCACUACAAUGUCCCUACAUUACACACUGGUGCUCUAUGCUGCUUGCUGAAACUGUCCAUUAUGACUUGUCUUAAAAGCCUUAAAAGCCAAUAAUGUGAUUAUUCUUGAAGUUAACAGUAUACUAUUGUGGUUCGAGGACCCGCCCCCGCGAGAAAUGAAGACACAGUGACAUAUGGAUUUGAGUUAAUGGGUAAAAUAAGGCCACAACUUUAUUGGUUAGAGCAAGUGAGAGGUAUUGGCUUAGGCAUUGGACACCCUAGCAAGCAUGACCCCACCCCAAGGGAGGAGCCUGUUGAUGCAAAUACAACUGAAAGCUCCCCCUGGUGUCACCGGGGGGGGUCGUGCCAUGGCCCUAGCCUCCUGCUGCCGCGCAGAUUUAAAUGUCCGUAAAGCCUGCCCCCAGGCCGGCCCUAUUGGCCAGCCAGAGGCUUGGCACGGCAGCAGGGAUUGGCUGCAGCAGGGGGCCGAUACACGCCCCCUUACCUGCCGCG